AUGCCCGACACUAAGAUCGGCACUCAGCCGAGUGCCACUCAGCACGAGGACAUUGACAUCGAACUGACAGAAAAAAAUGCCAGUCUUGAAGACACGUCGGGGCAUAUGCUCCAAAAGAGACUGGAAACUCGCCACAUGACCAUGAUUGCUCUUGGUGGCGCGAUGGGAACGGGUUUACUCAUUGGAACAGGCUCUGCCCUAGCUUCGUCAGGCCCUGCCGGAGUACUUAUAGACUACAUAAUUGUAGGCUGCAUUGUUUUUGUCAUCAUGACCGCUCUGGGCGAGAUGGUCUCCUACAUGCCCUUGACGCAAGGAUUCGGCGGCUACGCCACGCGCUUCGUCGACCCGGCACUUGGCUUCGCAACAGGCUACACGUAUUGCUUCAAAUACAUGAUUGGUACGGCUAAUCAGCUGUCCGCAUUUGCUCUGGUAAUGAAGUAUUGGGUUGGCAACAGCGUCAACCCAGCCGUCUUCAUCACUGUUGCCCUCGUUGGGAUCAUUCUUAUCAACAUCGUCAACGUACGGACAUUCGGCGAAGUGGAGUUUUGGCUAUCGAUACUCAAAGUGCUUACCAUGGUAGGCAUUAUCCUCCUACUUUUCAUUCUUGCCGUCGGUGGUGGUCCGUCUGGUGAUCGACCAGGCUUUCGAUACUGGCGCGAUCCCGGCCCAUUCGCGGAGUUCAAGGCAAAAGGAGACGCUGGCCGCUUUCUGGGGGUCUGGUCUGCCAUGGUAACUGCCGUUUAUGCAUUCACAGGCACUGAGCUUGUGGCCGUUACGGCUGGCGAGUCCAAGAAUCCCCGCCUGAGCAUGCCACGAGCUGUUCGCUUGAGCUUUUAUCGCAUCUUUUUCUUCUACGUUCUGUCUGUCUUCUUCCUUGGCAUGGUGAUCCCCUACAAUUCCAAGGCGCUUGCAUUCGCGAUUAAGGCUGAAAAAUCUGCCGCCGCCUCGCCUUUCGUUGUAGCUGUCAAGCUCGCUGGCGUCAGGGGUCUUGACCAUGUCAUCAACGGGUGCAUAGUUCUCUUCGUUCUUUCGGCAGCCAACUCGGACCUUUACAUCUCUUCUCGAGGACUAUACGGUAUUGCAGUAGAUAAAAAAGGUCCUAAAUUUCUUGCUCGCACAACUCGAAACGGGGUGCCUUGGGUGUCUGUCAUAGUUUGCAUACUGGCAUGUGGCCUGGCAUACAUGUCCGUUGCACAGAGCGGUGCCAAAGUCUUCGGCUACCUUACAAGCUGCGUAACUGUUUUCGGUCUUUUGGUUUGGAUGUCUAUUUUGCUAUGCCACAUCGGGUUCCGUCGGGCUCAGUCUGUUCAAGGAGUCGAUCCUGCCUAUGUUGCUUACAGAGCGCCGUUUGGCAUAAUGGGAUCAUACAUUGCCCUGGCAUUCCUUACAGUCCUUAUAAUCACCAAAGGAGCUGAACUCUUUGUUGGUGAUGAGUUUGACUAUAAGAAAUUUAUCCUGGGCUACAUUGGCCUCCCGAUUUACUUGGCUAUGUACUUGGGUUACAAGUUCGUCACCAAGACUUCAUACGUGAGAGCAGCGGAUGCUGAUCUUAUCACCGGUGUCCCCGCGAUUACUGUCGCAGAGGAAAAGGCUAGAUAUGAUGCUCGCCAGAAAGAGCGGGAGGAGGCCAGACCUCAUGGCAGUUGGGGCCGCAAGUUGUAUGCGCUUGUUUCGUGGUUGUUCUAA